UUGCUGUUAGAUCCAUGGCAGCUAGGCAUUACAACAAUCUCUUUGCCCUUUCUCUAUUCACCGUUUGUCUAUUUGCUUCCGCAGCCAAUGCAGAUUAUGAUCAGCAUGGACAUAAUCACAAGGUAACACAGAACUGGUUGAACCACGGUGGUGAUUUGCGUAACAGAAGAUACGCCAAAUACGAAACCAAGAUCAGCCCUGAAACAGUUUCCAAACUACGCUUCAAGUGGGAGUUCAAAGCAGGCCAGGACAUAACUGUAACUCCAUCGAUUUACGACGGUACGCUUUAUUUUCCGAGCUGGAAUGGACAUCUCUACGCCCUCAAAGCUUCCGAUGGGUCUGUAGUUUGGGAAAAGAAUAUGGGAAUAUUAACCGGGCUUAAUUGGACUGGAUUUAUUACCCCUAAUUGGAUCGUGUCAAGAUCAACUCCAACCAUUGCCGGCGAUAAUGAUGAGCUUUUGAUUGUUGGAAUAUAUGGCCCUGCCGUUCUUAUUGCCCUGGAACGAUCAACUGGGAAGCUCGUGUGGUCGGUCAGGCUAGAUAGCCACGCCGCAGGUGCUAUAACCAUGUCCCCAACUUACUACAAAGGGAGCAUAUACAUUGGAACGACGUCGGUAGAAGAAGGGGUUAGCCCCGAUGAAUGUUGUACUUUCCGUGGAAGCUUUUCCAAAUUAGACGUCAAAACCGGUGCCGUUUUAUGGCAAACUUACAUGCUGCCGGAUAAUCACGGAAAGUUGGGACAGUAUUCCGGCGCGGCGAUAUGGGGAAGUAGUCCAUCCAUCGACGUCCAUAGAAGGCAUGUAUAUAUCGCUACCGGGAACACGUACUCGGUCCCCGAAUAUAUAAGCCAAUGCCAAGAGAACCAGUUAAAUACUACUAAUUCAAGCGUACCUACUCAUUCAGAUGCGUGUGUUGAGCCUGUUAAUCAUGGCAACUCCAUCCUAGCUCUUGAUAUGGAUACUGGCGAAAUCCAAUGGUACCGUCAGCUGGGUGGCUACGAUGUAUGGUUUCUAGAGUGCUUCCUUAAUACUUCGGUGUGCCCUAUUGGACCGAACGUCGAUGCCGAUUUUGGGGAAGCACCGAUGAUGCUUAGACCAUAUAUCAAUGAAACCAAGCGAGAUAUAGUUGUUGCUGUCCAGAAAAGUGGGUUUGCUUGGGCUCUUGAUCGGAAUAAUGGUAGCCUUGUUUGGUCAACUGAAGUUGGUCCUGGUGGGAUUCUAGGAGGAGGAUCAUGGGGAGCAGCUACAGACAAGAAAAGGGUGUACACCAACAUAAUCAACAACGGAGGCAAAAACUUCACUCUAAAACCAUCUAACAACGUCACAACUUCCGGUGGAUGGGCUGCAAUGGAUCCCCGGAGUGGAGAGGUCCUGUGGUCGACGGCUAAUCCCAGCAAUGCAUUUUCUGCCGGACCGGUCAGCGUCGCCAAUGGAGUCUUAUUUGGCGGAUCCACAGAUGCAAAUGGAACUGUAUACGCAAUGAACACCCGAACUGGUGAAAUCCUGUGGUCGUAUGAAACCGGAGCAACCGUGUACGGUGGCAUGUCGAUAAGCAAUGGGUGCAUAUACGUUGGCAGUGGAUAUAAAGUUGGUUUUGGAGCUACAAUGCCAAUGUUUACGGCCGGGACCUCCCUAUUUGCCUUCUGUGUCACAUGAAUUACCUCGAUG